AUGGAUGGUCACAGAAGGUGGGCAAGACAGAAAGGCUUCACGGUAGAGCAUGGUCACAGUGCUGGCGGGGAGAAAAUUAAAGUCCUCAUUCGCCUUUGUAGCCAGUGGGGAGUCAAAGUUCUCACUGUGUUUGCAUUUUCUGCUGAAAAUUGGAUUCGCUCCAAAGUCAAAUAUGCUUCAUCAGGCAUACUUGGGAAUCAGACAGACAAACUUGCAUUGCUUGAAUUUAAGUCCAAAAUAACUGAAGAUCCUCAAGGACUCAUCGAUUCUUGGAAUGCCACUCUCAAUGUCUGCCAAUGGCUUGGUGUUACAUGUGGCCAUAAACAUCAAAGGGUCAUUUCUUUAGAUCUCAAGGGCCAUAGAUUGGCAGGCAGUAUAUCACCUAGCAUUGGCAAUCUUUCGUUUCUUCGAAUUCUUGACAUCUCGGAUAACUCCUUUCAUGGACACAUUCCUGCUGAACUUGGUUCUCUGACAAAGCUGGAAAUGGUGUACCUCAAGAAUAACAACCUCACAGGAAAUGUUCCAUCUUCCAUCGGAAAUCUUACAUCUCUGAGAGAGCUUUACAUUUCCUACAAUGACUUGGAAGGUGCAUCGGUGAACUCUCUGUCUGGAGAGUUUCCCCCUGCACUUUACAAUCUUUCGUCUCUUAAACUCAUUGGCUUGUCAUUUAACAAGUUCAGAGGUAAUCUUAGACCAGAUAUCGGCCUUGCCUUCCCAAAUCUUCAGAGACUGUAUUUGGCUAACAUUUACUUCAUUGGUUCAGUACCAGCUUCAUUGUCCAAUUGCUCAGAUCUUCUGCAGCUUGAUAUUCCUAUAAACAAUUUCACGGGAAAUAUACCAUUGAGUUUUGGCAACCUCAAGAACCUGUUCUGGCUUAAUAAAGCUUGA